AUCUAGUUAGUCUACCCUUGGGCCAAACAGAGGAACACACUUUCUACUGUCUUUCCAAAAUUGUUAGGCACUUCGUAAUCAAAAAUUUUAUCUUUCCCUAUCCACCACUAAAAAAGCUACCCAGACGUGCGCAAGGGCGGACUAACCAGGCAACCACGGAUAUUGUAUCCCAAAGAUGGCAUCCACACGCAUGAUCAGUGCUUUUGUGCGCAGUCCAAGAUUAUACCAGAAGCUCUCAGCACCCUGGAAAUCGUAUAAUCUGUUUGGGGCACAACUUUUUAACCACAGACUUCAGCGGGAUGAUUUUCAAAUCUGGAGGGGACUGGCAGGAGCAGCGGACAAGUGCGAUAGCAAGACUGUUAUCAAGGGCGUGGUGGUGGGCGUCUACUCCAAGGAGGGCGAGGGCAAGGAGGUCAAGAUGACGUCCAGCGGCGAGAAGUUUGACGACCGAACGCAGGGCAAGGUCUCCGAGCUGCUGCGCGAAACUGGAGUCAAGGGGGACCUGGGCAAGGGUAAGGUCUUCAUGAACGUGGAUGCCGAGUUCCGGGCAGUGGCGGUGGUGGGUCUGGGUCAAGAAGGUGCCGGAUUCAAUGACCUGGAAAACAUCGACGAGGGCAUGGAGAAUGCCCGAGUGGCAGCUGGCGUGGGAGCUCGGGCACUGCAGCUUCAGGGUUGCACGGAGGUCUUUGUGGACUCCAUGGAAUAUCCGGAGCAGGCGGCGGAGGGCAGUGCCCUGGCCAUCUGGCGGUACAACAGCAACAAGCGCAAGCAGGAUCGCACUCAUGUGCCCAAGCUAGAUCUGUACGACUCGCCGGAUGUGGAUGCCUGGACGAGGGGUCUCUUCAAGGCCGAAUCGCAGAACUUGGCACGGAGAUUGAGCGAUGCGCCGGCUAAUCAGAUGACCCCCACCAUAUUCGCCCAGUCGGCGGUGGAUGCCCUGUGUCCGUGCGGCGUUUCUGUAGAGGUGCGAUCCAUGGAUUGGAUAGAAAUGAAUCACCUCAAUUCGUUUCUAAUGAUAGCAAAGGGCAGCUGCGAGCCUCCUGUGGUCCUGGAGGUCAGCUACUGCGGCACAGCGCCAGAGGAUCGACCCAUACUGCUCUUGGGCAAAGGCUUGACCUACAACAGUGGCGGCUUGUGCCUGCGGCCCAAGAAUUGCCUGCAUAUGUACCGCGGUUGCAUGGCCGGCGCAGCCGUUUGUGUGGCCGCCGUUCGAGCUGCAGCAGCCCUCUCCCUGCCCGUAAACAUCACCGCCGUGCUGCCGCUCUGCGAGAAUAUGCCAUCGGGCAUGGCCGUUAAGCCGGGUGACGUGGUCACCCUGCUGAAUGGCAAGACGCUGGGAAUUGUGGAUGUGAGCAAAGCCGGAACGGUGGUGCUGGCCGAUCCCCUGCUCUUUGCCCAGACCACGUAUAAGCCACGUCUGGUGGUGGACUUGGCCACCGUGGGCUACGGCGUCUGUGCUGGCCUUGGAGAAUCCGCAGCAGGAUUGUUCACCAACUCCAACUUCAUAGCCAAGCAGUUCGAGAAGGCAGGCGGCCUAACAGGAGAUCGCUUGUGGAGGCUGCCCUUGUGGCGCUACUUCAAGCAGCUGGUGACCCCGAAUCUCACAUACGACAUCAGCAACCGGGGACUUGGUCCCGCCUCCAGUUGCAUUGCCGCCGCCGUUCUGCACGAACUGGUUCCCUGCGCGGAUUGGGCCCACAUAGAUAUCCGGAAUGUGGGCAUGCUGACGCGCCACAAUCCGCUGCCAUAUCUGCUCAAGGAUCGCAUGACCGGCAGACCCACCCGCACCAUCGUGCAGUUCCUGUACCAGAUGGCCUGUCCGGAUAGCAAGUAGUCCAAUAGUGGGCUGGGAUCUCCGGAUCUGGAUCGUCUAUUCUAUUUUACUUCUGUUACGUAAACGUUUUGGUGUUUGUUCUUUUCCCAAUAUUGUCCCCAUGUCCAUGGUUUGUCCAAAUUUUUCGUUCAGUGUUCCGUGAGCAGCUGGGUUACGACACAUUGAAGGCAGUUUUACGGACAAUGGACCAACUCCGUUUUUAAUGGUAGAAGUAGUUCGACUGGCUUCUAUGGAUCGUCUCCCAGCUGCGCAAAAUUAAAUGAUUUAAAAGUGCUACAUUUA